CGUGCACGUCCAACCGUAUUAUAAUACGUCUAUGGAACACGAUUAAAGAUGUAGGUAGGUACCUCAAUAAAUAUUAAUAACUAUUAAUAACCGUACUAUGCCGUUAAGGUGCAUCAUUUGUUCUACACUUCUAUGGUACUUACCACUAUACCUACCCACUAUUCGAUAAUUUUUUUUUCUCUUCGGUGCCUAUUUAAUAUUCCGCGAACAAUAAAAUAUGAUUAAUUAUUUUCGCUACCGACACUGCUACUACUUCAGACAUUCAGCGAUGGGUACCUCCUAUAGGUAGCUGUGGCCUGCGCGGUAACUAUAAUACACGACAUUAUACCGUCGCCACGCUGAUCCUGAGUUCAACGGAGGUGCAAAUACCAACUCUGUGCCUGCCCCUUUACACACGCCACUGACCGUCGGUAAUGCACUAUUACACUUGAUGGAUGGCCGACGCCUGAUGCGCAUUCAAUGUCCUUGUGGGUCUGCAGGUGAGUUCUGAAAGUCUGCUGGCAGGCUGUCCCCGCGAAGAUCAGUAUAAAGUACAGAUGUACAGCAGUUUGUGUCAUUUUCUCUAUGAAUAAUUAAUAACAAGAAGAAUUGUUACAACAGUUAUACUGUAGAUUUUGGGUGAAUCGAGUAAAAAUUCUUUGGACAGUUCCAUAUAAAGGUGCGUAUACUCAUACAAUCAUUCAGAAAUAGGUACAUCUCGAUGGUUUUAGAACGUUCAAUCACUUCCAUCACUAACUUACGAUGCGCUACCAGUAGAAGCCAAACGUUGGAUGCGAGACACAUACCUAUAUCCAGUCUUUAUAUACCUAGCAGAAAUGUCUGUUCUUCAAUAUCAAGAGGACAGUGAUUUUGAUGAAGCGUUUAAAAAUUUAUUACAACCUAUUGAAUCAAUAACAAAAAUAGACUCAUGUGAAAUUCUUCAAUAUGAUCUUGUUAAGGAACUGAAUUCGUAUUCAAAUCACUUGAAAAAAUCUCCAAACGGUAGUUCCUCAGUCUUCGUAGAAGCUGCUAUAAUCCUUCAAAACACUUCACUUAUUUAUCAAAAAAGGAUUGAUGCGAUAAUCAAUGCCAUGAUGAAUCUUAUUGGGAAAUUCCGAUCAUAUAAAUUAAAUGAAAAUAUUGAUCCAGAUUAUACAGAGAAAAGGGUAGGAAAUAAAAAAAAAAAUAAUGGUAAAAAGUUCAAAUGUUAUUCUUUUUUUGGACCAAUUGAAAAUCACAUUUUUGGAACAUUGAAAAAUUUUGACUGCAAACAAAUAAAUUUGAAGAAAAAACCACUUGUAACACAAAUUGUAUUGAACACUAAUAUAAAAGUAGAUAAUAAGUACAGUAAAUUAUUGCCCUAUAUUUGUAAUGCAAAUAAAGAAAAUAUUGGAAAGAAAUAUGACUUUAAGAUAAAUUUUCCCUUGGAUUGUGAUUUGGCUGUAAAUGAAGAAUUUUAUUGUCCCACUGAAGAAGAUUCAAAAUCUAAAAAUCCUAUUAGUUAUCGAAAGAACACUAACUCGUUACCAAUGAAUUUAUUGGAUGUUGAUGAAAUUCUUCCAAGUGAUCCCAACUCAGUAAUUAUUUAUCAGAAUGUUUUCAAUGAAGUUUUUGUUACCUACAAAACUUUACAGAAUCCAAUACAUAUGUUAAAUGUUAGUCAAAUAACUCAUGAUGACAAUUAUGAUGAUGAUCCAAGAGCUCAGGUUUUAAAUGCCAAGUGUAAUAAUUGUACAGAUAAGCCUUAUGUUAAAAAAAAGGACCCUAAAAAAAAAGAUAAGAAAAUGUUGUCACCUAUGCAUAUGAAUACCGAUUUGCCUCUCUUAGUUGACGAUGAGGAAAUGGAAGAAAUAUUGAGAAUUGGUGAAUCAAAUGAAAAUGUCCAAACUUAUCAAAGAAAUACAAUAGAUUUGCAGAACUAUGAAAAUAAUAAAAUGGAAACGAUGAAUGAACAAUUAAAAAUGCAAAAUCGAGUUCUACAGUGGCAUAAUAAUCUUCGGCCAAUUUUAGAAAAAGAAGAAAAAUUGAUUGAAUUUGAUAUACAUGAAUAUGGAACACGUAUAUUAAGCUGCUUUAAAUCUAUUGGGGAACAAAAAUUGUUCAAAGAUUUAGUUGGAGGGAUAGACAAAGUAGAAGUUGCUCGAUAUUAUUUGUCUUUGUUAAUGAUGAUCAAUACAAAUAACUUUGAGGUAUCAAAUCAUAUUUCUGGAAAUGAUUUAUUGGUAAAACUACUAAAAAAAGAGCGUCACCAUGAAGAAUUACAAGUUAAUAUUGGGAAUCAAGUGACCCAAAAUUCACAAUAAGUUAAUUAUAUUGUACACAUUUUUUUUUAUUUAACUUAAUCAUAGCUAUGAUAUUAGUUUAAAAUAAUUAGUUACAAUAUUAGGUUCAUAUGUUUUAUUCUUUAUCAGACAAAAUUAUUAUAAUUUAACAAAUAUUAAUUUUAUAAUUAUAUAUGUUAAUCUAUUUAUUUUUAAAUAAUCCUAAUAUAAUAAGUUAUAGUAUAAUGUGUAAUUAGUAAUUUUAUUAAAUUAAAUGUACAAAAACUAAAGUGUAAUAAAACUUGUGGGAGUAAUAACUAAUUAUUUUUAAACAAAAUAGUAAAGUUGUAUAUUUAAAAAUUAGAUGGCGUAUGUUGUACAUUAUCUUUUGAAUGUAUUGUCCGUAAUAUUGAUCUAUGAUUAACAUAGAUAAAAUUCUACACUUUCAUCAGUUUCAGUCUUAUAUGUUACCAAUCAAUAUAGGAUAUGAUCUAACCCAUAUUAACCGAUGGUAAACGUUUGUGUGACCGUUCAUAGCAAACUUAUCCGGUCAAUAUAUGCACAUAUACGUAUGUAGUGGAAAUCCACCUUUAGUCCCAGAAGAAAAGCAUGGUAAGACUCAAUUAAGUUAUUGGUGCUAUAUUGGAGUCGAUACACUGUAAAUCUUAGUGGACCUAUAGUGUCCAUCCAAUAUCGUUGAAAUUAAUGUAUCACAUCAUGUAACUCCUUUCCAGUCUCCAAGGUUGUCAUCCCUCACUAUUUAAUUAAUUAUAUUUCAUUUGACAAUAAUAUAAAUUUUAACCCAAUUUUGUACAACAUAAAAUCCUAAUUGAAUGGAAAAGAGACCACAGUGAAAUCUGAUUUCAUUAGCCAGCAAAUGAGGUAAAGCCAUUACCUGGACAAACAAUUAUUUAUUCAUAUUAAAGUCUUACGCUGAAACUGUUUUUAGUUUAAUUGAAAUGUAUAUUAUAUUUUUAACAUUUUGAAUAAUAUAUUAUUUUCUGUUUGGUGUCUGAAACAGUGACUAUGUGAAAAGGUUACCGCUGCGGUGGAUGUCGACCUCUAAUAAUAAUUUAAUGAUGAUAUAGAUUAUUGUCUUGUCUACUUAAACAAAGUAAAACCAACAUAUAGUAUUGUUGGCUUCAGAAAUAUCUUUAUUUUUUUUCCAGAACCUAAAAAUAUAUAUACUUAUUAUUACCUUUGUAUAAAUUCCAUAACUGAAUAACAUAAUAUAGUUUUAUAUAUACUCUAUUGAUUAUUUUUAGUUUUUCUAAAAAUUGUAAAAAAUAACACUUAGAAUCAUUAAAAAGGUGCCAAUUACAAUCUCUUCCAAUUCAACAUUAUAUAAAAAAGUCUUGACUAGACAUGCAAUAUUUAAAUAGUGUAUAAUAUACAAAGUAUAUUUUAUACAGAAUCGUAUUAGUUUUUUUUUUUUAUAGACACACUGAAUAAUAAUUUUUAUGAAAGCAAUUAAAACAAAUAUUAUUAAUAUAAUAUGUAUGUAUGUAAAUUAGAUUUCUUUAUCUCACAUAGGAUAAGCGGAUGUCACUCUGCUGUACAGUAGGUUUCAAGUGGGUCACUGUAUAAUGGAUGAUAUUAAAUUUGAAUUCAAUGAUAUUAG